UUAAGAUAGAUGGAAGGCUUGGAGUUGGAAGUACAUGGAUUUAUUCUUGGUACAAUAAACCAGACACUAAUAGAGGCAUUAUAAUUGACAAUCAUACAGAUUUGCUUGCUGAAAAGAUGCAAUAUAUAGAUUCUGGGAAAAAAACAAUUUUGGAUUCAGUCUUACAUGUAUUUAUUUCAGAUAUCAGUCCAGUUACUAUGACACAAUGGUGAGCUUGAGGGUAUAAAUAUAAGAUGGACGAGUGCAUCAUUGGUAGUGAAUGGGUGGAGAGAUACAUGGGGCAAUGCAUACACAAUGAUAUACAACUUGCAGGCUUUAUAUGUGGAGUUGUUGCAGUUCCACUAUGGAUGGUUGCUCACAUCGUUUUAUUGAGGAUCAAUCACUGGGAAUACAAACAAAGUAAAGAGGUGUCCUUAAUGCCCAUCCUCCACUUAGUCUUGGCAGAUACCGUAAAUGUCAUGGGGGCAUACAUGGCAAGCCAGCUGGGCACACAGAUACUUAUUGGUUUAUAUUUUCUCUUGGCUGACAUAGCUUUAUGUUCCCACUAUAUUAUAUGCAAUGUUCCUCUAACUUGGAGACCACAAAUCAUCUACAAUGCCCUCAAAUUGCAUUGCUGGAAAAGAAAGUCUGGUGUCAGUGUUCUACUCCUGCCAUGGGCUUUAACUGGGUUGUAUACAAGCUACAGGUUGAUCUAUAAUACUUCCAUAUCCACAUAUUCUUUACAAUCUAAUAGCAAUAGGAUCUUGUUGGGAGUCAACAAUCAGUCUGAAAAAUGGUCCACUUUGAUAGUCACAGUGGGUUAUCUGUGUGGAGUAAUCUCAACACUUCUUUACUGGGUUGCAUGUCUACCAAGAAUCUGCAGAGUGUUCCAAGAGAAAACAUUCUCGCAGCGACAAUGUACAUUUUACCUGCUUUCUAUCCCAGCCAAUCUGUUCUACCUAAUAGGAGUAUUUACUCAGGCCACCUCUCAUACCCUCAUUUUACAUACACUACCUUGGACUGUAGGGAGGCUUGGUCUCAUUGGUAUUGACAUUGGAAUGUUGCUACAGAUUCUACAGAAUCGUAGAAAACAAGAUGGCUGGCAUGAGAUUGAUGAGAGUGUUGUCUCAUUACUCAGUAGGAGUGAUGAGGAGAAGGAGCUAUGCCCUGAGCUGGGGGAUGAGGAGGCACUAUGGGUCCCACUUAGGCCCCCCAAUAAUACAUAUCUCAAUAAAAUGUCCAAGAUUGCCAAAGAUCUGAGCAGCUCUUCACAGUUUGUGGAGACAGACCAUUCGGAUGAGUACUCAGAAGAGACAGUGCUGCCACCUAGCAAGGAAACAGAAUUGUCCAAGACACAGACUAAAUUGUCAGUGAUCCCGACUAUCAAGGCUGAGAGCAUGACUGAUACGAGUAGUGAGGGUGAAACAAUGAAACAGUCAGAUCUAGAGUGGGAUUUUGAAUGGGGAAGUGGUGAACUGAGGCCUUUGAACAGUCAUGAUGUAAUGGAGAUAUUAGCUGCUGAAGAUGCAGCACAAUCAAUAGGAGGCAGCACAAUUCAACACCACAGAAAUAGCGGUGACAUCUAUAUAUAUGAUGAGGAAACAUUACUUCAUAGUGAACUUCAAAAACAAACAUCUGUUAGUGAUUCAGAAAUAGAGAAACAUAGUACAUAUAGAGGGCAGUACACUCUUCCAGAGAAUCAAUUACAGCGUGACUUCUUCAUGGAUCCAUUUAAUGCCAAUGGCGAUGAUAAUCAAAAUAACAAUGUUGUACAUUGGUUCAAUGAGAGAUCAAUGGAUGGUUUGAAUAGCUGAUACAAAGUUGCCUCAGAGGGGCAGUAGAACCUGAGCUAUAAACAACUGUUAUACAAAACAGUGAAGUGAAGUGAAUAUCUAAGCACGAGUGCCAGAAGACACUUUACAACAAAUAAAUUAUUAUGAUGAGAAUGAGAAAAUGUGCAAUUGGAUUAAACAAAAAAAGAAAAUUAUGAGUAUCAAAAAAAUAAAUAAUG